UAAUCCUGCGUAUCUUACAUUUGACUAUUCAAAUUCCAAAUGAAUUCUCAAUCCAGAACCCAAGCGUGUAUACGAUUCUGAAAAGUGAUACCAAGAACUGAUAACAAACGUCUCGCGUUCGCAUUCAACAACAAUCGCUUUGGGACAUAAUUUUCAGACCAAUCAGCAUUUCUGCUGAUAUUUAUUGACCAAUGCCAUUGCCAAAGGUCAAGACAAUCUGAUAUGGUUGUUGAAUAUUAGGAAUUCUGUUGAACGGUGAAGAUAUCGUCGAAUAAGGUGCUCAGCAAUAUGGAUACCAUUGAGAAAGGAUGGUUUAGUGAAAUACAUGAGGAUCUACUUCCUGGACAGGCGUUUUCUAUGCGUGUGAAAAAGGUACUUCACGAGGAGAAGUCACGGUAUCAGGAUAUACAGAUUGUUGAAACGACAGACUACGGAAGAGCACUAAUUCUAGAUGGCAUCAUCCAAUGCACCUUGCGAGAUGAAUUCUCCUACCAAGAGAUGAUUUCAUUCUUGCCCCUCUGCGCCCAUCCAAAUCCUGAAAAGGUACUAAUAGUCGGUGGUGGUGAUGGAGGAGUGGCCCGAGAAGCAGUCAAACACCCCGCCGUCAAGGAGGUUCAUCAAGUAGAAAUCGACGACCGUGUAGUUGAACUGUCCAAAAAAUACCUCCCAGAAAUGGCAUGUGGUUUUGAUCACCCCAAACUUCAUCUCACCAUUGGAGACGGUUUCGAAUACAUGAAAAACCAUAAGAAUGAAUUCGAUGUCAUAAUCACAGACAGCUCAGACCCUAUUGGACCAGCAGUUGCACUUUUUGAGGAGAGCUACUAUGGCCUUCUAAAGACAGCACUAAGGCCAGGUGGGAUUGUGUGCUCUCAAGGAAACAAUUAUUGGUGCGGAUUGGACUAUUGCAAAUCACUUUUGGAGAAUUGCAAGAAACACUUUCCAACAGCAGCUUAUGCAUUCACAACUAUACCUUCAUAUCCUUGUGGCAGUAUCGGUUUUGCUAUUGGGUGCCUGGAUCCGGAAAGAAAACUCGAUGAACCUUUGCAUGUUUUUACCAAGGCUGAGGUUGAUAAGUUAAAUCUACGCUAUUAUACUAGUGAAACUCAUCGAGCUUCGUUUGUGCUACCUCGAUUUGUUGAGAAGGCUUUAUAUGAAAGUUAACAUUAAAAUAUUUACAUUUUUUUGAUAAUUUGACUGAAUAUAUUCCUAUACUCACA